CUGAUCAAUCUGACGUUUUAAUGGUGGAUGUGGCAACCAGUAUGCCUGUUAUCAAGGAGGCACUGAGCUCAGAGCCUGAUGAAGAUGUCACAGUGGCCGCUUCUCUUGUGUAUUCUAGAGAAGCGGUAGCAGUGCAGGUUGUGAGCCAGAAGUCUGACCAUGUAGAUUUGGGUCCUAAACCUAAAGGCGAUAAGGCUGAACCAUCAACGGCUUCCUCAUUCCCCUUGCAGGAUGAACAAGAACCUCCUGCUUACGAUCGAGCUCCUGAGGUCUCUUUUCAGGCUGAUAUUGAGGUUACAUCAACCGUUCGUAUAUCAUCUAUCUAUAAAGAUGAGCCUGUGACUGAAGGAGUUGUUUAUGUUGAACAAAUGCCAGAACAAAUAUUUAUCCCCUUUACUGAUCAAGUUGCUUGCCUUAAAGAAAAUGAGCAGUCACCACCAGUUAGUUCCAAACCUGUAGUACACAAGACAGUCUCAGGCAUGUCUAAAAAAUCUGUAGAGUCUGUAAAACUUACACAUUUGGAGGAGCAUGCAGAAUAUGAUUCCUCAGUACAUGUGGAGGCAGAAGCUACAGUUCUGCUCUCCGACACUUACAUGAAAGUUCUGCCUGAGGUAUCUGCACAGCCCCUGGAUGCAGAGGGCUCCAUCACAAUAGGCUCUGAAAAAUCUCUGCACCUUGAAAUGGAGAUCAUUUCGAUGGUCGCUGACAAAACUGGGCAGGAGGAGUCAGGGGAAAACUCUGCACCCCAGGAGAUCCCCAAACCUGUGUUCCCUGGGGAAGCGGCAUAUGUACCUGUAAAAUCAUCUGGUGGCUCCAUUCCUCCUGUUCCAGAAGGUCUCAGUGCACCAGAAAUUGAACCAGAAGGGGAAGGCAGCACCUGACAAGGUUUG